ACCUGUGGGCUCCGGCAUCCGGAGCCCUUCUGCAUCGUGAGCCACUUACAGGACAGACUGCAAGAGCCGGUUGGGAAUCCGCUCCUUCUCACGCCUGUCUAGACUGCUUCCUGGCCGGUGGACGGAGCCUUGGAGGUCACACACGGAAGCGGGGCAAAAGUCACUUGCGUCAGAUUCGUGAUGGUUUCACGUGAUUGAAGGUUCUGCUGCAACCCAUCAGUGGCAGAUGGACUCUGGGGGUUUCGCUAGAAAUCUUCUCAACAUACAUUACAUGGUUUAUUUGUUACGUUAAGGCAUGGAUGGUAAAACCAGAACAUUACUCCCUUCUUCUCAUGCUCUAAUUGAAACUGGUAGUUUAGCCAUGUUAGUUGUCAUGUCUGUUUUUGUUCUUUAAAAGUUUUCUGUGGACUGUAAGAGGAAAAAAUUUUGUUGCUUAACUCCAAACAUAGACGCUCUCCUGAGGGUUACACUUCUUACCCACCCUGUAUAAGAAGCAAAAAUUAAGAACUGAAUGCUUGAGACUCUUUUGUAAAAUAAAAUGAAAAAAAACUAUAUAAACUAAAUAAAUAAAAUUAAAAUAAAACUAGUUUUUCAAAGUCGCCUUAAAAAUAACUUAAUCACUCCAAGAGCCAUUGUUUAAAAAAGGAAAAACAUCUAGCAGGAGCCAGAUUGCAAACAUACUCAGAGGAAUCUGUGAAGUGGUCUUUGCGUCUGGGACACAGAUGAGUCUUUGUUCUUCGAACCAGCCAACCAAGCUCUGCCAGCAUGGGAGUUUACUUGAGGGUGUAGACUGUGCUCUCCUAAAUUGUGUAUUGCUUCAGCGCUUGCAUACAUGGUAGUAUGAGCGCUUAUUUGUUGGGGGCUGGAGACUAAGUAAAGACUCAAUGUCCUGUUCUCUAGCGUCAUUUGAAAUAAUUGAAUAUGGUCUUUGUGAUUUCGUUGGGAAUGAAAUUCUUCCGCCCUCCCACCCACUCCUUUAGGAUCAGAAGAAGUGCUUUGUGUGCGACUCAAGGGAAAAGUACGACGAGAGGAUGAAUCGCACUAACAGCCACAGAGUCGAGAACGUUGUGACAACGUUCGCCCCAAACCGCCUGAAAACCUGGUGGCAGUCAGAAAAUGGGUUGGAGAAUGUGACCAUCCAGCUGAACCUGGAGGCCGAGUUCCACUUCACACACCUCAUCAUGACUUUCAAGACGUUCCGCCCAGCUGCUAUGGUGAUUGAGCGGUCGUCGGACUUUGGAAAGGCAUGGCAGGUGUAUCGCUACUUUGCGUACGACUGCGAGGCGUUCUUCCCUACCAUCUCCCGUGGGCCUAUGAAGAAUGUGGAUGAAAUCAUCUGCGACUCGCGUUACUCAGACAUCGAGCCAUCCACAGAGGGGGAGGUCAUCUUUCGUGUUUUGGAUCCAGCGUUUAAAAUUGACGAUCCCUACAGCUCCAGGAUUCAAAACUUGUUGAAGAUCACCAACCUGCGAGUGAACUUCUUGAAGCUGCACACACUAGGGGACAACCUUCUGGACUCACGCAGGGAGAUCAAGGAGAAGUAUUAUUACGCAUUAUAUGACAUGGUGGUUCGUGGGAACUGCUUUUGCUAUGGCCACGCCUCUGAGUGUGCUCCAGUUGACGGUGCCGGAGAGGAUGUUGAGGGCAUGGUUCACGGACAUUGCGUGUGCAACCAUAACACCAUGGGCCUGAACUGCGAGAAGUGCAAGGACUUUCACCAUGACUUAGCCUGGAGGCCAGCUGAGGGUCGCAAUACCAAUGCCUGCAAAAAGUGCAACUGCAACCAGCACUCAUAUUCAUGUCACUUUGACAUGGCUGUAUACAAAGCCACGGGCAACGUAAGUGGAGGAGUGUGUGACGACUGCCAGCACAACACCAUUGGCCAAAACUGCGAGCAGUGCAAGCCCUUCUUCUUCCAGCACCCUGAGAGGGACAUCCGUGACCCCAACAUCUGCGAGCCCUGCAGCUGCGACCCGUUGGGUUCCCUCGACGGCGGGAUUUGCGAUCGAAUGACAGACGUGGUGUCGGGCCUCAUUGCCGGGCAGUGCCGCUGCAAGGCCAACGUGGAAGGCGAGCGCUGUGACCAGUGCAAGCAGGGCUACUAUGGGUUCAGUGACGAUCCACUAGGCUGUCAGGAAUGCACCUGCAACCCCUUGGGCACUAUUCCCGGAGGAAGCCCCUGCAAUACAGACACUGGAAGCUGUUACUGCAAGCGACUUGUGACUGGCAGAAACUGUGACCAGUGUCUGCCACAGCACUGGGGGCUCAGCAAUGACAUGGAUGGCUGCCGGCCGUGCGACUGCGAUCCAGGCGGAAGCGUUAAUAAUGACUGCUCUGUUAUGACUGGACAGUGUCAUUGCCUUGAGCAUGUAUUCGGCCGCCAGUGCAACCAGGUGGAAUCUGGCUUCUACUCAAUUGACCUGGAUCACUACACAUAUGAGGCGGAGCACUCCAAGUUCAGCCCGGGUGUGAGCCUCGUCCAGAGAGUUCAUCCCCAAGACAGGACUCCGACUUGGACUGGAACAGGGUUUGCAAGUGUCCCCGAAGGUGGAUAUCUGGAAUUCAACAUUGACAACAUUCCCAGCUCAAUGGAGUAUGACAUCCUGAUCCGCUAUGAGCCUCAGCUGCCCGACCAGUGGGAGGAGGCACUUACAACGGUGAUCCGACCCAGUGCCAUCGCAGUGGACAGCCCUUGUUCUAACACCAUAGUAGAUGAUGACAACCAGAUGGUGUCACUUCACCCUGGCUCCAGAUACGUUGUCCUGCCGAGGCCAGUGUGUUUUGAGAAAGGACAGAACUACACCAUUCGAUUGAGUUUGCCGCUCUACUCCACCCUGGUUCACGUUCAGUCUCCCUAUACACUCAUUGACUCCAUUGUGCUAAUACCCCACUGCAAGAGCCUGGAGAUCUUUUCUGGGACAGAAGGGGGCAAUGUUGUGACCAACAGUGCCUGGGAUACAUUCCAGCGCUACCGCUGCCUGGAGAACAGCCAGAGUGCGGUGAAGACACCCAUGACUGAUAUUUGCAGAAGCUACAUCUUCAGUGUGUCUUCAUUGCUGCACCAAGGGGCACUGGUCUGCCAGUGUGACCCGCAGGGCUCCCUGAGCACCAUUUGUAACCCCAGUGGGGGGCAGUGCCCGUGCCGCCCCAACGUGGUGGGAAGGAACUGUGAUAAGUGCGCCCCGGCAACCUUCCUGUUUGGACCCACCGGCUGCAGGCCAUGCGAGUGCAACUCUCAGGGUUCCCUGAACCCAUUCUGUGAAGAGGAGACUGGACAGUGCCGAUGUGUGUCAGGGGCCUAUGGGCGCCAGUGUGACCGCUGCCUCCCGGGCCACUGGGGCUUCCCGCACUGCCGGCCGUGCUCAUGCAAUGGCCACGCGGAGCAAUGUCACCCCCAGACUGGCGAGUGCUUGGGCUGCCGGGACCACACAACCGGGCACAGCUGUGAGAGGUGUUUGAGUGGCUACUUCGGGGACCCGCUGCUGGGGUCCGGGGAUCACUGCCGACCCUGUCUGUGUCCCGAUGGGCCAGGCUCUGGCCGACAGUUUGCUAGAGAUUGCUACCAGAGGCCAGAGGGCUAUCAGGUGUUCUGUGUCUGCAACCUAGGGUACAAAGGUCCUAGGUGCGAGGAAUGUGCCCCUGGUUUCUAUGGAAACCCUCAUGAGGUGGGUGGGCAGUGCCUGCCAUGUGAGUGCAACAACAACAUUGACAUGCUGGACGCAGGCUCCUGCGAUGCUCGCACAGGCGUGUGCCUCAAGUGCCUGUACCACACAGAGGGAGAGUCCUGCCACCGCUGUAAGCCGGGAUACCAUGGAGAUGCGCUUGCCCAGAGCUGCAGGAAGUGCAUGUGUAACUCCCGGGGCACCAGGAACGACAGCUGCCCUUUGUCCCGGGAGUGCCACUGUGACCACUCCAGCGGGCAGUGCCCAUGUCUUCCCAAUGUCAUGGGCCAGAGCUGCGACCAUUGUGCUCCUGAUACAUGGAACCUUCCCAGCGGCACCGGGUGCGAGCCGUGUGACUGCGACCCGAAGCACUCGUUCGGAAUGUCCUGUGACACUCUGACAGGCCAGUGCUCCUGCAAGCCUGGGUUUGGGGGGAGAACAUGCCGUGAAUGCAGAGAGCUGUUCUGGGGUGACCCUGAGGUGAAGUGCCACGCCUGUGACUGCGACCCACGGGGCAUCAUCCAAGAGCAGUGCCACAAGAUGACAGGCCGCUGCGUCUGUGUCGAAGGCGUGGCCGGAUCCAGGUGUGACACUUGUGCCAGGGGCUACUCGGGUGAGUUCCCCAACUGCGUGCGCUGCCACGAGUGCUUUGCUGAGUGGGACCAGGUAAUCGGUGACCUGGCCAAUAAGACCCAGCAGCUGGUGAAGAAAGUGGACACCAUCAGAGUCAGCGGCCUCACCGGACCCUACCAGGAAACUAUAAGUAAAAUGGAGAAGAGUGCUAACACCAUACGAGCCAUCCUGGCUGAGCAUCCAGCAGCCCAGCCUCUCACCGAGAUCCAGGAGCUGCUGCAGCAAGCCACACAAUUGGUGACAGAGAUGACCAACAAACUGAAUACCACAGAAGAAAUCUUCUCGCAGAUCUCAGCAGACAGCAACAGCACGGAUAUUAAGCUGGACUCCGUCACUGAGGAUUCUCAGAAGCUGGAAAGAAUGGUGAAGGAGCUACAAGACCAGGUGGAGUUUGUGAAGAAUUCUGAUGUGCGCGGAGCGAUGGAUAGUAUUACAAAGUACUUCCAGCAAUCCAUGGAUGCCGAAGCCCGCGUGAAUGCCUCCACCAGUGACCCAGACAGUGCAGUCCAGCAGUCGGCUUCGCUGCGCCAGCUCACGGAGGAUAGGAUGAACAAAACAAGGCAGCAGUUUGAGCAGAACCAGGAGGAUCAUGCCAGGAGACUGGACAAUCUUGCUGGAGAGCUGCAAUCUCUUGAUCUGUCAGCACUCAGUGACAAGAUGUGCGGUCCUCUAGAAGGACCAGAAUCCUGUGCAGAUUCACCCUGUGGGGCCCUGAGCUGUCAGAACGAGGACGGAACUAGGAGGUGUGGCGGAGAAGGAUGUGAUGGUUUGGUCACCCUGGCACAUAACACCUGGCAGAAGGCCAAGGACUUUGACAGGGAGAUCCACAGUGCCCUUGAGGAGGUGGACAAGCUCUCCAAGAUGGUGUCUGAGGCCAAGGUGAAGGCUGAUCAUGCGAAAGCCAGCGCUCAGGAUGUCCUGCUCAAGAGCAAUGAGACCAAGCAGCGUGUGGAUCAGAGCAACGAGGAGCUGCGCUUGCUCAUCCAGCAGAUCCGAGACUUCCUUACUCAAGAUGGCGCAGACCCAGACAGCAUCGAAGCGGUGGCCACUGAGGUGCUGCAGAUGCAGUUGCCCACAACGGCAGCCCAGCUGCAGAACCUUACCGAGGAGAUCCGGGAGCGUGUGGACUCCUUGACGGAGGUGGAGGUGAUCCUGGACCAGAGUGCAUCAGACAUCCAGCAGGCCAAAGCUCUACUGCAUGAAGCUCGCAAGGCCAGCAAAGAGGCCAUGGAUGUGAAGGCCACAGCCAUGAUGGUGAAGGAGGCACUGGAGGAGGCGGGCCGUGCUCAGGGUGCAGCAACCGAAGCCAUCCAACAGGCCAAGAGUAACAUUCAGGGCACCCAGGAUCUUCUGACCUCGAUGGAGUCAGAGACGGCAGACUCUGAGUAUAAACUGAGCAGCGCCACCCAGAGGCUUGUACAGCUAGAACAGGAUAUGGCUCUGAUAAAACAGAAAACCACGGAAAAUAUCGUCCGCACUGAGGAGACAGAACAAUCUGCUGAAAGAAUCAACCAGGAGGCUGAACAAGUGAAACAGGCACUGGAUACGGAGCUGAAGGACAAGUACAACUCAGUGGAGGACUUGAUUGAACAGAAGGCAGGGGGCGUGGCCAGUGCCAAGAAGAGGGCGGAGCAGCUGCAGCAGGAGGCCAAAGAGCUGCUUUCACAGGCCAGCAGCAAGCUGCAGCAGCUGAAAGAUUUAGAGAAGUCCUAUGAAGUAAACCAGCAUACACUGGAGGCCAAGGCAGCUGAACUGGUGGAACUGGAACGAGCAAUUAGGGAGCUGCUCAAUGACAUCAGUCACAAGGUUACAGUGUACAGCACCUGUCUCUUCUAAACAAAGGCCAAUGGCUUAAACAAGAUAACCCAAAGAAGUAGUACACUCCAAAAAAAAAAAAAAAAUCACCUAAUGCAAGGUGAUAAGAAGUAUCUUCAAAUUAUUUUAUACUGAAGUCCAAAUGUUUUUAUACUGACAACCAAAGUAAUUUUUAUAAACCUUAUGAAACACAUCAUGUAAGAGAGAUGAGUGAAUGUAAAACAUAUGCAAUUUUUUAAGCAUGAGACUGCAAUUCUGUUUUUAUUGAACAUUUAAAAAAUGCUAUGUAAGAAAAAGACUGAAUACACGUUGGCACCAAA